AUGGAAACGGUAUACCUCCUAAUCGGUAUUGCCGCCCUGUUAGCCCCACAGGUAGUAUGGACAGCUGAUUAUGACGAUGAUUACGAUGAUGACUAUGGCGCUAAAUUUGAUGGUAAUGAUGAGCCCGAGGUUGUGGACAAUGACUGUAAAACCAUUGAAUAUAUGAAAGUGUGCGCCGCCUAUCCAAGUAAACCCCCAAAUGGAGCAGUUGGAAAGACUCUGACGUGCAAAAGAACCAACUAUUUGAGAGUAUGCUCGCAACGUGUACCAGAAUGGGAGAAAGGAGUGGCUCCACUAAGUGUGCGCCGAAAGAAGCGGGACACCGCCUGUCAGCCCGAGACGAUGUUCAGAGAACAAUGCGACACAUGCGUGUGUGGAGCGGACGGAAUGCACGCCGACUGCGUUCAGGACAGCUGCUAAUAGUCAGUGUGCUGCAAAAUUUCACUGAGGCCAAGAAGAACUGCAGGUCCGCCACCUCUUCUACAGCUGGAGCAACAUUGUAAUUACGUUUUACUGCUUCACCAAAUACACUAUUUGCUUGUA